UAAAAAUGGCUGCGCCCAUGGAAAGUCGUGACACCAAGAAACUAUUUUUAAAAGACAUAAAUACUAAAAUUGAACAAUCAUUAUCGGGAAGAGAGAAUUCUAAUUAUAUAAUAGAUAUAUUAAAGCUCACUCAGGAAUCAGAUAAGAGAAUUGUCUCAGCAGCUAUCAAAGGACUCGGCAGGGUGUUUACUGUCCUGCUUGCGCGAGAGGAAAUGGUCUUAACAGAUAACAAUGAAGGUGAAAAGAAAUAUAAACAGUGGUUGCAAGAAAGAUACAAGGACUGCAUUAAAUGUCUCACUGAUGUGAUUGCCAGUAAAGAUACCAAAUCAGUCACUCAGGAGUUGGCUAUGUGUACAGUAAUCAAACUGCUGGAAGCUGAGUCUAGGCAUCCACUUAAACACACUCAAAAUUUGCAGUACACUUUCCCAAGGUCACCAUUGGAGAAAUUAUUGACGUGUUUGUUGUCAUGUACAAAUGACUUCAGCCAUCUUAUGGUCAGGUUUCAGGAAUACUUAGAAUAUGAUGACAUGCGUUAUUACACCCUAGAGGUUGUCAGUGGAAAGAUACGAGAAAUGAAUUGCAGAAUGCAAAAAGUGGAACAUGGACAGAGAAAGGUUGAAGAAGAGAUGUUUUGCAAGAACACUCUGUGUUUACUGGAGCAGGUUACCAUGCCAGAAGAGGACACUUUGAUCAAUUUUUUAACUCCACUACCUCCUGAUGAUGAAGAGAUAAGAGCAACACAGUUAAAGGAGCAACGUAAAGCAUUUUCAAAUGCAUGGCUGUCCUUUCUUCUGCUGUCCCUCCCUCUACAUGUCUAUAAGAAAGUUCUUUUUAUGAUGCAUGAUAAGAUUAUACCUAAUAUGAGCAGCCCGGUGAUGCUGACUGAUUUUCUCACUGCAUCAUACAAUAUUGGUGGUGCUAUUAGUCUGCUAGCCCUCAAUGCUAUAUUUAUCUUGAUGACACAACAUAAUCUAGAAUAUCCUGAAUUUUACAAGAAAUUGUACUCAUUAUUGGUGCCAUCAAUAUUUCAUGUUAAAUACAAGGCCCGCUUCUUUUAUCUUGCUGAUCUUUUUCUGUCGUCUUCGCAUUUGCCAGCAUAUCUAGUCGCUGCCUUUGCAAAGAAAUUGUCGAGAUUGGCAUUAACUGCACCACCUCCGGCUGUAAUGCUUGUCGUUCCAUUCGUUUGCAACUUGAUCAAACGACAUCCAACUUGCAAGGUGCUUAUAACCAGACACUCCGAACCAUUAAAAGAUGACCCAUUCCUGGUGGAGGAAAUGGAUCCUUCCAAGUGCAAGGCACUGGAGAGCUCCCUCUGGGAACUAGAGACCUUGAAGUUACACUGCCCUAAUGUGGCCACAUCAGCUGGAAGUAUUUCAAGACCAUUCCCUAAGGUGGAAUGGGACUUAACCUUAAUUCUUAUUAUUUUUCAGAUGUUUUUCACUGAAAUUAAGAAGAAAGUGCGACAUGUCCCGCUCGAGUUUGAGCCACCGUCUGGCUUGUUUGCAGGCAAAAUGGAUAAAUUCCACACGUACUGGCUUAUUGAGUGAAGCUGUAUCAUGCUUUUGACUGAAAUUAUAAGCAUUUUUUUUAUCUACCAACAAAAAGCAAUGCUCUACCCAUUUACCUACUGAGAUUGUGAAUUUAGUUUCAUUUACACUGAAUCUAAAGUUUCGGUCGGAAAGCCUACCAAACAGAUCAGAAAAUUUAAUCAGCGUGUAAAAAUAGGGAUACUGGCGUAUUGGAAACAUGGUCUGCUUGGAUCCGCUUAAGCUUGCUACUGAUUCUUGCAGUAUGACUGACAUUUUUUUAGUUGUCCAUCAUAAACAUGGACACGCUUUUGAAACUGGUAGAAUGGACCUUUCGCUAAACCCUGCCCCUUGCAUAUUGUUCCUAAGAUCUCACAAGACGACAGUGUAAACAAAUAUGUAAACAUGUGCGUUUGUGGGAUACUCACUUAUUCCUGGCAGUCUUCUGAUUGGUCAGUUAAGUUUGAUUGACAGUCUGGAAAGUUCCAUUUCCAGACACCAACCCAGGAACAGAAUUUUUUUUUAUUCACAAAAUCCUAUUCAAUUCUUUUUUCAACGCAUGUCAAACAAUUUUGCAAACAUGCAUUUGUCAGCUUCCUAGAAUUAUAUCAAGGCCAAGCCUGAGAGAAACAAAAUAUAAGUCAGCUUUUAUUUUGCAGAGUGGCCUAAAAUGCUUGAAUGAGGUUUAAAAAUUGGAUUCAUUAACUUUUGAUUUCAGCCCCGAGGUUUUUAUCAACCAAAAUGCAUGGGGAUUAGUUAUGGUUGGCUGUUAAAAACUAGAAUUAGGCCUAGGCCUAUAGUAACAAAAAUGCUUGAGAAAUGUUAAUAAUUUACAUAAUUUGGAUUUAAUAAAUAUACCUGGCAACAUCUUUCCAGAGUUUUUUUUUGUAAUUUACUAUCUUGUUUGCCAAUGCAGCCUUCCAGUUUUUAUAUACUGUACCUGUAUAUGAAUGCACAUACAUAUACUGUACAUGCAUAUAUUUACCUUGAUUAUUAAGUAGUUUAUAGUCCCAGUCACACCAUUUGUAAUUAUAAUUCUGUGGCUACCAGUUAACUCUUUCUAAUCCCCAGCUAGACAUAAUAUUAUGCCAACAUUUGAUCAUACUGUUGUAUAUCAGUCGUGGUGAUGAACACCUGAUGACAGGUAGAAAUAUUCUUGUUUAAAUAAAAUAGUGUUCUAAAAAGUCUA